CUUUCUCACUAUCACGAUAAUUUCAUAUUUAGUCCUUUUUAUAUAUUUAGAAAGAAAAAAAAAAGAGUUUUGAGAAAAAAAGAUAAUCAUUUUAAAAAAAUAAAAAAUAAAAGAAAAUGCUGAUUUCUGGUGAUCCAGCAGCUGGAGGGACUUCAUCUUCCCCAAUUACACUCAAGUUCGUGGAUGUCUCGUACAGCGUGAAGCUGCAUGGCGGCGGCGCGAAAUCCUUACCUCCAACAGACAUCGAGAACCCGCCGGAGAUCCGCCACCAUUCACGCGCCAUCCUGAGCGGCAUCACCGGCUGGGCGUCCCCUGGCCGGAUCCUGGCCGUGCUGGGCCCCUCCGGCAGCGGCAAGUCGACCCUCCUCAACGCACUCGCCGGCCGCCUCCACCGCGGCGUUACCGGGACGGUCCUCUACAACGGCCGGCCCGGCCCCACGCGCCACGUCCUCCGGCGGACCGGUUUCGUGGCCCAGGACGACGCCCUGCACCCACACCUCACCGUCCGGGAGACGCUCGUCUUCUGCGCACGGCUGAGGCUUCCCGCGCCAGCCUCUCCGGGCGAAGAGUCGGCGGCGGCGGCCGCCGAGAGGGUGAUGUCGGAGCUCGGCUUGACCAAGUGCGGGGACACGGCCGUCGGGGGUGUGUCGGGUGGGGAGAGGAGGCGCGUGAGCAUCGCGCGCGAGAUGCUGGUGGACCCAAGCCUGCUGGUGCUGGACGAGCCGACGUCCGGGCUGGACGCGACGGCGGCGUACCGGCUGGUGGCGGCGGUGGCGGCGGCGGCUAAGGCGGGGAGUGGGAGGACGGUGGUGAUGUCGGUGCACCAGCCGUCGAGUCGGGUGCACAGGAUGUUCGACGACCUGCUGGUACUGUCGGAUGGUCGGAGCAUAUAUUUCGGGAAGGGGUCGGAGGCGAUGGCGUAUUUCGAGAGUGUGGGGUACGCGCCGGGAUUCGCCAUGAAUCCGGCUGAUUUUCUGCUUGAUCUCGCUAACGGCGUAUAUCACCUAGACGGCUCGAACGAAAGAGAUAAACCGAACAUAAGACAAGCCCUCGUGUCCUCGUACAACAACAUACUCGAACCCAAGGUAAGAGCAUCUUGCAUGGAUUCCUCAAACCCGUUACCGAAAGACACAAUUGUAGACACAAAUCAUCACACUACUAAGAAUCGAAGACUCACGAGCCACUUAUCCACGUGGCUCAACCAAUUCACGAUCCUUCUCGAGAGGAGCCUCAAGGAGAGAAAAUACGAGAGCUUCAACUCCCUACGCGUUUUCCAAGUCAUCAUGGCCUCUCUACUAGCCGGCUUCAUGUGGUGGCACUCGGAUUAUCGAGACGUUCGAGACCGAUUAGGGCUUCUCUUCUUCAUCACCAUCUUUUGGGGCGUUCUCCCGUCCUUCAACGCGGUUUUUGCCUUCCCGCAAGAACGCUCGAUUUUCGUGAGGGAGAGGGCUUCCGGAAUGUAUACCCUCUCGUCAUAUUUUCUCGCGCGUAUAAGCGCCGAUUUGCCGAUGGAGCUCAUACUCCCAAUGUUGUUCGUAUCCAUAACGUAUUGGAUGACGGGGCUUAAACCCGAGCUUUCGGCUUUCAUCUUGACUUUACUCGUAGUUUUAGGUUACGUGCUCGUUUCUAUUGGGCUAGGUUUGGCGCUUGGUGCACUGAUCAUGGAUGCAAGACAGGCCUCGACUGUGGUCACCGUGGUUAUGUUGGCUUUUGUCCUAACGGGAGGUUACUACGUGCAUAAAGUACCGUCGUUCAUCUUGUGGAUGAAGUACGUGUCGACUACUUUUUACACUUAUAAGCUUCUUAUCAAUGUUCAGUAUGGAGAUGGGGAGAAAGUCUCGAGUUUGCUAGAUUGCUCUGCUGGCGGGGGUCAAGGUGGGCCCGCGUGUAAGUUCAUCGAAGAGGAUAUAUGCGGGCAGAUGAGUCCGGCUAUGAGUGUCGUGAUGCUUUUUGUCAUGUUUGUCGGGUACCGGCUGUUGGCUUAUAUUGCUCUAAGGCAGAUUAGGGCUUGAAAAGGGUUGGACUUGGAGCUAGUUAUAGUUUGGAUGACAAAAUUGUUGGACAGAUUUGUAAGAGAACUGAGCUUUCAUGUAAUAAGCUUGCUGGUAAAGUGGCUGGCUUUUGUAAUUUAAUUUCAUUUCUGUUUAGAACAUACAACCUGAAAUUCUC